AUGGUGGCCGGGCAGCAGAAUUCAGGUGAGGGAGUGAUCACAACCAAUUAUUGGUUCAAACCCAAGAAGGGUAGUGUUUUCCCAGCAAAGAGGAAGUUGGUGAAGACAAUGGUUUUUGAAUCCAUAGUGAAAUGGGUUGCCUCUGUUUUCUGCUCUGCGCAUCCUCCUCCUCCUCCUCCACCUCCGUCUGGAGCCUCAGCCAACCAACCCAACAUGACCCCCGUGGGCAAAGUAGCAAAUUCCAAGAAAUGCAAGCAGAUAGCACCACAGUGA